AUGCUCGAAAGUCCUCAAGAGCGUGGAAUAGUAGCCAAGUUUGCAAAAGACUUAAAUAUUAAUUACUGCACUGCGUUGAUAUGGUGGAAGUAUUACGAAGGGGCAGAAGAGGUUGCGUAUAAAAAGUUUGAAGAAAACAAUGGUCCGAAAAGCUCAUUUACAACCGAGCAUAACGAGUAUAUAAAAGAGCAGCUUGAUAAUGGCCCCCAGUUGUAUUCAGACGACAUAAUAAAUAGUUUGACUAAGCGAUUUGAAGUCUUUACUAUAUCAAAGCCGCAACUUAAUAACCACUUACGAAACAUAAUGCUCAUCACUGUGAAAAAACCGAUGUUUGAACCUGAAAUCAGAAACUCAGUGGGAAACCUACAGACGAUAUUCGAGUGGUUUAUGGAAUGGAAAGAUUCUGAUCUGGAUUUUAUUUUCAUUGGUGAAGCCGGGUUUCAUACUAAUAUGAGAAAUAAUUGGGCUAGAUCAAAAAGCGGCAGCGACCAAAGCGUAAUUCAAUAA